CUCAGGCGGUGGUGCUUCGACCUGACCAAGCGCAACAUGGAGGCGAUGUACGAGCGGACCUGGGGCUGGAGCAACCCGGAGAAGCGGCGCGAGCUGGCGCACUCGGACGCGCGAUUCAUCGUCGCCUUCCGCGGGGACGACGACGACGGCCCGAUGGGGUUCGUGCACUUUCGAUUCGAGGUGGAGGACUCGGACGGCACCCCGGUCGCGUACGUGUACGAGCUGCAGGUGGAGGACGACGCCAGGGGCCGGGGCGUCGGUCGAGCGCUGAUGGCCCGCGUCGAAUCCAUCGCGGAGAACACCCGCAUGGCGCGGACGAUGCUGACGGUGCUCAAGACCAACGCGGCGGCGGCGAGGUUUUACGAACGGCUCGGGUACGUAGAGGACCGGGACACGCCGCGGGACGAG